AUGCCUCAAUGUUUGUGGGUACAUGGUGUGGAUCUCAAUGAAACUGAUAAAUAUAUUAUAGAAGGCAAGUGUGCCGACGGCUUUCUAACUGACAAGCACAUGCAUGCUGCUCAUCAGCUUCUAUUAAAGCAGUUUCCCUACAUCAGUGGACUAGAGUCAACACUCCUUUGCCAGACUUACGGAUUCGCUCAUGUAACAAGUGAUGCUAUUCAGAUUAAUUUUACAGGAAGUCAUCAUUGGGUGACUUCAACCUGCUUUGGCAAACAAGUACGACUAUACGACAGCAAUGCUGGCCUACACUUGUCUCCUUGUAUGGAAACACAGCUGGCGCAAAUCUAUCAAUUAGCUCACAAAGACAACAUUCUCAUGGUAGAACAAAUGCCAGUGCAACAGCAACAAAAUGGUAAAGAUUGCGGGCUACUUGCAAUAGCAUAUGCAUUUUAUGCAGCUCUAGGAGAUGAUGUAACCAUCAUGCAUUUUGAUAUUUCCAAAAUGCGACAACAUCUGAUUUACUGUUUGGAUCGAGAGGAGCUCUCACCUUUUCCAAUGGAAGAAGACAAGCCAUUGGAAACAUCUGACAGAAGUCACUUUUAUAUUACUUUGCACUGCACGUGUUUGUUGCCAAAGACACAUGGCAAGAUGGUAGAGUGUUACGUCUGUGAAAACUUGUAUCAUGACAGAUGUGUCACAAUGUCAGGUAGUGAGCCUUGGAUUUGCGCUAAAUGUAGAUAAAUGUCUUGCUAUACACAGCUUCAGUAUUAAUUUGUUCAAUUAAUACAUCAACUUUAAAUAUACAAAGUUGAAACUGUGAACUAAGUCAGAAUCUAGGACCUUAA